ACUCAAUAAAUUGCUUGCUAUAAAUUAAUUGUAAAAGUUAGUUUUAUAGUGAAAGUAAUAGUUAUUUUAUAUAAUAAUUUUUAUAUAAUUAACUUUAAUUUUCACAUUUAUUAAACUAAUAAGCAUACAAUGAAAUACCUGGUCAUAUUACUGCUGGCCUGUGCCGGCUGUUUGGCCGACAAUCUCAACAACCGUUUAGAUUGUUAUUUAGAGCUUGAUAUGCAAGUAAGUGAACAGCAAUGUAAGGACAGGGGCUGUAUAUGGGAUUCGACAGGACGGCCCCCGGGAGUGCCCAUAUGUUAUUUGGACCCAAAACAAGUCGGCUAUAAAGUGCCCGCAGGUGUCAAGAAGACCGACACCGGACUGGAGGCCGAUCUCCACCUCAAAGAUACGGCCAAACGUACCCUCAAAUCCAUGCCA